CUCACUCACUCACACAGACCCUGCGUUUGAAUAUCAACGUUUAAAACACACACAGCUCGCUGCAGUUCAAUUUGCACACACUCAGACGAGACUUGAUUAAAACACACCGGAAAGAUGGCAGACCAGCUGACCGAAGAACAGAUCGCUGAGUUCAAGGAGGCGUUCUCACUCUUCGACAAAGAUGGCGAUGGCACCAUAACCACCAAAGAGCUCGGCACAGUGAUGCGUUCGUUGGGUCAAAACCCUACUGAAGCUGAGCUGCAGGAUAUGAUCAAUGAAGUAGAUGCUGAUGGCAACGGAACUAUAGAUUUCCCCGAGUUCCUAACCAUGAUGGCGAGGAAAAUGAAGGACACUGACAGCGAAGAGGAAAUCCGAGAAGCUUUCAGAGUCUUCGACAAGGAUGGAAACGGCUACAUCAGUGCAGCUGAGCUUCGUCAUGUCAUGACCAACCUGGGUGAGAAGUUGACAGAUGAGGAAGUGGAUGAGAUGAUUCGAGAGGCAGAUAUUGAUGGAGAUGGUCAGGUCAACUAUGAAGAGUUUGUCCAGAUGAUGACCGCAAAGUGAAGGAUUGUCUUGUCCUUUCUCUCUCUUACAUUGCUUGUCCUACUAAGAUCACUCUGUCUUUAAAAAGAUAGAAAAAAAAUCAAGUUUACUACAAAAAUUCUAAAGUCUACUUUUCAGAAGCAAUUUGUGAAACUAAAUAGCAGAAUUGUCCUAGCAGAGGUGAAUGGACCAAGCAUAACUGCAUGAGCCCUUUCGGAGCAAACGUCUCCAGACCUGACAAAAAUUUCGAGGACAGAAUGUCACUUUUAGUCGCAGUUGAAGUCCAUGCCUUAGUGGCAGUCUUUAAAAUGCAGAGGAGGAGUGUCCUUUCAUCGCAUCAAAAAUAGAUAAUAAUAUUUAAUAACAAUAAAAAAUGCUAAAACAAAUUUGGUAAAUAGUGCAGGGUCACAGUGCUGCCUUCAAUACAAACAGAGCAAAAACAAUUGCGUUUGCACUUUUGAGGUGAAAUCAUGCUUUUGCAUAUUGCCUUCUCCUGUUUAAGACUCGGAACAAAAACUGGAGGUUUAUGAAGACGUACUUAUUGUUAAAACCAGACAUCAUACUCCUACUAUAUAUAAUUGAGGUUUAACAGCAGCGUGCGACUUCAAGAGUGUAUCUUUUUGGGCUAUAAGGCAUGUACUUCGCUACCAGUGGUUAUCGUUAACUGAUUUAACCCUUUAUUUUAAUGUUGGGUUUGUCACUUACAAUGACGGCUUCAGUAUUUGUGGGAGCAUUCAGAUGCAAAGUAUGUACAGCAGAAUCGAAUUGUGAUUGAAUAACGGAAACUGUACAAAACUAUAUUGUUCUAUACAUAAUCAUAAUGCAAUCAGUGUUGUGCUUUAUAAAUGUACUGUACUUCAAUAUUAAUGUCUGGUAAACUCUGCAUUGCCUAGUGUUAUUGUAGUUAGAUUUGUAACUCUUGUUUCGACCAUGGUCUUGAAAUGUACCAGAAUACCUGUGAGCCUCAACUUUCUUGCAAGAUAUCUUGUAGUCAAUUAAGAAGUAUAUUAUUGAGAUAUAUAUAUAUAUAUAUA